AUGAUUGAGAAGGAGCUCACGAGUCCCGUCGUCCUCACGACCGCCGAGGGCAAGUUCAACCAGGCGGCGCACGGCUGGGCCCGCCAGCCGAUCGUGGACACGACCGGUAUCGACGGAACGACGUUUACGGGCAAGAACCGGCGGUGGGAGUACUGGCUCGUGAUGACCCCGACGCACCUGCUUGCAUUCUCGAUCGCGAACAUCGACUACUUCGCGCCGGCGAGUGUGUGGAUCUUCGACAGGCGGACGCAGAAGGUCGUCGAGGCUGCCGCCCGCGCCAAGGAGGAGGACGCUGUCAAGCUCCCCUCCAAUGUUGAGGACGGCCCCGCCAGCGCCGACAUCGGUGACAUCCACGUCAACAUCGACCAGGUGCCGGGCGGUACGCGUAUCCGCGCCUCGAUCCCGGGCGCCUCCUUCGACGUCAUGGCGCACAUGCCCGAGGGUCACGAGCGCCUCGCGGUCGUCGUGCCCUGGGACGACGUCCUGUUCCAGUACACCGUGAAGGACAUCAGCCGCCCCGCCGAGGGCACCGUUACGAUCGGUGACGAGACGUUCCCCGUUCCGAAGGGCGAAAGCUGGGCUAUGCUCGACCACGGUCGUGGACGCUGGCCGUCCAACGUCCACUGGAACUGGGGAGCCGGCAGCGGCAAGGACACCAAGGGCCGCACGAUCGGUCUCCAGGUCGGUGACAAGUGGACCGACGGCACUGGCAGCACCGAGAACUCGUUCCUGCUUGGCACCAAGGUGUUCAAGAUCUCUGAGAAGCUCACCUGGGACUACAGCAUGGAGGACCCCAUGAAGCCGUGGCACGUUCACGGUGCCGGACUCGACGCCGUCCUCACGCCGUACUACGACAAGGCAAGCGCCUACGAGACCCCCGAGGUCACCACCCGCACUGAUCAGUGCUUCGGAUACUGGAAGGGCACGUUCGACAACGGAGAGGAGGUCAUUGAGUUUGACAACCUUGACGGCUUUGCGGAGGAUGUGACGAAGAAGUGGUAA